AUGAACAUGAUAUAAAAUUAUCUGAAGAUCUAUAUUAAUAGGGUAUUUAUUUAAUAAUUAAGAUUUAAGGUUAUCAAUUAUAUUGGGAGGACAAGUAUAAUGAGGGUAUAGAACAAUUAGAUAAAUCAAUUUCAAUAAAUCCUAAUAAUUAGUUAUCUAUAAGUUAUAAAGGAUACUUAAUAAUCUUUAUAUUAAUAGGCUCAUGUUUAUGACUCAUUAUUAAUUAAAUUAUAAAUAAGAUUUCUAAAAUAAUAUGAUAUAUCUUUAACAUAUCUCCAUCAAGCAUUGUUAAUUAAUCCUAACCAUACUUUUAGUCUUGAUCGCAUCGGUAUAUUUUGAUUUAUAUUAAGGUAACUGUCUACAAGAUUAAGAGAAAUAUUUAGAAGCUCUAAUAUAUUACGAGAGAAAAUUAAAGAUUUAACCUAAUGAUCAAUGGACGAAAAAUUAAAAGGGUAUUCUUAUUUUCUUAAUAUAGAAUUUUGUGAAGAGAAAUUGAAAAAUUGA